AUGAUGGAAAUGGAAAUGAACGCCGAAUUGGACGGUGAUGACGGAAGCGAAAGUAGUCAGCCGUCCUCGGAGGGCAGCUCGGCGAGUAGCACAUUUUGCACCCUAGAGAAGGAUCACGCAAGGAUAACGAACGAAAUGAAAACUAAUGAGGCAUUGGCUGCUUACGAAUCCGAGUAUGCGAGACUCUACGAAUCUUUGUACAAAGCACACAGAAAUGAAAAGGAACUGUCGGAGCAGUGCACAUCGCUGAAGGAUGAAAUUAUAAAUAACACGUACAAGAUGUACGAGUUGAAGAAAACAGUGGAGGGCCACGAGGACGAAAUAGCCAGGUUAAAACGAGAGGUCGUCAAUAUGACGAAGCUAGCUGACGCGGCGCACGCACGCGAGCAAAGCGCACAGGAGGUCAUUGAAAAUUUACGACUAAACAUUGUUAAACUGGGCCAAGAAAUCGAGCAGAAGAACAAGCAACUGGCGGUCGAAAAGGACAUUACCGUUAGUAAGCAGAAGGAGGUUCUGUUGAAGGAGAGGGAGCGACUUUUGGGUGAAAUGGAGACUAUGCGGCAGCGUCUAAAGAACAUGUCUUCUUAUACGGAAGAGCUUGAGAGAAAAGGAAGCGCAGUCGAUCAACGGAUGAACGAAAUGCAGGAAGCUCUCGAUAUGCAACUGAACGAGAUUUCUCGAGAGAGACGAGGUAGGGAGAGAGCGGAGAUAGAAAUGCGACAACUUCAGGAGGAGAUAAUAAUGAAGAAGAAUGAACUUGACGCUGCAAAUGCGUCUAUUGAAGCUAAUGCAAGUAACGCGAUGAGACUUGAGAGCCUGGUAAAGGAACAUAAGACAGCGAACGAGAAAAUGCAAAAGGAAAUUGGUAAGCUUAUGCUAAGGAGAAUGAAUCUUCAAACGGAUCUCGAUAAUACGAACGUCGAAAUCGAGAAACUGGAAAAAGAGCUGACCGAUAAGGAAAAACAGCUGAAAAAUAUUAAAUACGAUCUUAACAAAACACAGGAAGACAAUAUUAAGUUCAAACUCGAAAAAGAUCUCGUAGAAAAGCGACUGUUGAAGAGCGAGACUGAGCGAUCCAAAUUGGAGCGUGACUUACAGCAGGCAAUAACCGAUGUAAAAAAUGUAAAACACGAAGCACAUACCUGUCAUAAGGAGAUCGUAGAUGAGCGGCAACGCAUUGAGGCAUUAUCGCGGGAGAAAAAUAUGCUCGCGCGCAGUAAAAAAACCGUUCAGGAUCGAAUCAAGCGAAUUAAUCAUGAGCUCCUACUAAGCGAACAUGCGAAACGAAAACUUGAACGUGAGCUGGACACAUUGACACAGAUUCUCUACGAAGUGAAGAUACACUUGGAAAUGGUGGAGAAAGAAAGGGACAAGUGCAACUUGACGGUGCAAGGAUUAGAGCGACAGAUAGAGGGUUAUAUAAGCGAAACCAGGUUGAAACAGACAGAGAUUUCCGAUUAUAAGAAGAGUUUGGCGGAGGCCGAGAUAAAAUACCGUCAACAGCAAAGCUUAUUCGAGGCCAUUCGUGCGGAACGAAAUUUGUACAGCAAGAACUUAGUAACGGCGCAGGAAGAGGUAAAUGAUUUGCGAAGAAAGUUGAAAAUCACAGGUCAUCAGGUCGAACAGCUGAAAGAGGAUAUAGUCACGAAAGAGUCCAACCUUGUUAAACAAGAAUUCGUGCUAGGGAGAAUAGAAAAGGAGAAGGAAGACCUCAAAGUCGAUCUACGAUCCUGCCGCAUGGAGUUAUCAGGUUUACGACACGAUAUCGAAGAGAUGAAGCGUGAAGAAAAGCAUCUCAGGUGGGAGGUUCAACAGGCGCACAUAAUUGUCGGGCGCCGCCAAAAGGAUAUAGACAAUGUGAUGAAUGAACGUGACAUACUUGGUACGCAAUUAGUUCGCAGGAAUGAUGAGCUGAGUCUUCAAUAUAGCAGAAUCAAGGUUUUGAAUACCACACUUCAUCGCGGCGAAACCCAGUACAGUCAGAGAUUGCAAGAUAUCAGAUUACUCAAGUGCGAGAUAAAAAAGCUGAAUACGGAGAAAGUCCUCCUUACCACAAAUAUUGCCAACGUUAGUGAUUUACGGCAAGAGGUUUUUCACCUUAACCGUGACCUGGCGAAGGAGAGACUCAAAGUGACUGCGCUCGAAGAAGAGGUUCAAACGCCAUUAAAUAUACACAGAUGGCGAAAGCUCGAGGGCACAGAUCCCACUACCCUUGAGCUCAUCAAGAAGGUACAAAUUCUACAAAAACGCAUUCUAAAAAUGUCCGACGAUAUAAUCAAUAAAGAGAAGAGUAUAAAAGACACCGAAAAAUUAUAUACUAACCUUCGCGAUGUCUUGUCGAAGCAACGGGAUUCGCGAAUGACGGCAAAUCUGGAUAAAGUUCAAAGUGCCUUGCGCAAAAGAGGAGAAAAGCUGAAAUGUCUCGUCGCUGAGUUAAACAUGUACGAGACGCAAGUGAUAGAGUAUAAAGAUGACAUGUCAAAAAUGGUCAAUGAAAUGUGCGAAUUAAAAACGAAAUACUACACUCAAAAAAGGAAGUUCCAAAAGAUGAAAGAGUCUACUGUGAAAUCUCCCUACGAGUCUAUUUUACCGAGAGUACUAGUAUCCAGUGUGAAAUUCUGCGGGGGUGGCUUCAACAUGACGACACCUACAUCGAGAGAUUGCUUUCUAGAGUCAGCGAAGAAAUGAAAAAUGUACAAUUGAAUAAAAGGGGUGUUCUUGAAUUAUAUAUCAUAUCUUUCUCCAGCG